AUGCUCAAAGAGGCAAGGAGACAGAGCGGGUCUAGCUGGAAUGAAAAAAGAAAUAUGGUUGAAGGACCACCAUCUAUGUGGAAUAACCUCAUGGUGUCAUUCCCUAAAAUAAAGAAAUUUCACAAUAACAUGGCAAGCUUUCUUUUGUGUGAUGCCUUGGGGGAGCUUUAUGAUGGUCAUCUGGCGGAUGGGACUUACAAUUGCACUUCUUUGGAGACAUCACAAGAUGAACAACCACUUCAACAAAUUGUUGAUGUAGAAGAAAAAGAAGAAGAAGAGUUACUAGAUGAAGAUGAUGAUGAUGCUCAAAGGGAUGAUGAUGCUCAAAGAAGGACCACUAAAGGCUUGGAUCAAAGGAAUGAUGGAGAAGAUUUGGAUGAUAUCCGUGAGGAAGUAGAAGAAGAAGAUGCACAUCUGGCUAGAGAAAAUGAGGCUGCUAAAAGUAAUGAUUUCUCUAUCAAAAGGUGCAUCUCAGUUCUGAACACACUAGAAGUGAUCAAGGAAGAAAUGGCAAAAGCAUAUGCGAUCUUCAUCAAGAGCAAAGACAAUAGAGAGGCUUUCAUUUGUGGCUAUGAAGCAGAUGUGUAA